AUGGAAACUGAAACUGCCACUGCACCUCAGCUGGCAGCUCUUGCUGACACAGAUAUCAAUUGGGACAGGUUGGAUAAAGCUAGAUUUCAUAUAAUAGGAGCUAUUCUUUUCACUCUUCAGUCAGCGUUAAUACAUCCAACAGCAGUAGUGAAGACACGAAUGCAAGUCGCUGGAUCCGGACUUUCUCAAAUGACUGGAUUCUCUGUAUUUAGACAUAUAAUUAGGAGUGACGGCAUCCCAGGCAUCUUUAGAGGCUUCGGCACAUCUGCUGUGGGAUCAUUGCCAGGUAGAGUCCUGGCUUUGACUUCACUUGAAGUAUCAAAAGAUAUGAUGCUGAAAUAUACACAAGGUCUUAAUAUGUCUGAACCAACUCGUGCGGCUCUAGCAAAUGGCUUUGCUGGCAUGGUCUCCAACUUACUCUCAUGUGUCUACUUUGUGCCUCUCGAUGUGAUUUGCCAGAGACUUAUGGUACAGGGAAUUCCAGGGACUAAGCCUUGUGCUGGUCCAUUUGAUGCUACACAAAAAGUACUAAAAGCUGAAGGAAUUCGUGGUAUUUAUAGAGGAUUUGGAUUAACUGCUGUGACUCAGUCUCCUGCACAGGCAAUUUGGUGGGGUGCCUAUGGUGCUGCUCAGCACAUCAGUUGGAGGAAUCUCGGUUAUAGUGACAACACGGACAAGAAACCGUCUCACAUGCAGAUAGUUGCGGUCCAGGCUACAGCUGGAUUGGCAGCUGGUGCCUGUUCGUCAGUAAUUACAACUCCCAUAGAUACUGUUAAAACACGACUUCAGGUUAUCGAUGAUUAUGGUGUUGGGAGACCUUCUGUACUAAAGACCACAAAAACGCUUCUCAGAGAAGAUGGAUGGAAAGGGUUCUAUAGAGGCUUUGGACCUAGGUUCCUCAAUAUGUCUUUCUAUGGAACAACAAUGAUCGUUACCUAUGAGAUCAUCAGUAAGUUAACUUGCAGUCUAUGUCUUUCACUCGCUGCUUUAAAGGACAGCUUUGAGAUGAGAAGCAGCGAGUAUUUCUUUCUAUCCAAACACAACACACCAUGGGCAGCAGAUAGCCAGUGUAAGAUCUCAUUCUUAGCGUUGCAGCUAUGUGUUCUAGCAGUGGGCCAUAUGAUCUCCUCUUCCCAGCUGUCAAUUUGUCUAUGA